CUAACAACUGAGGGGGUGUGUGGCUGUGUGCUGCAGCCGGUUGCAGCUACGCGGGCGCAGGUUCGCUUUUUCAGCUGCUGUCUCUGUGUAGCCAUGAAAGCUGAAGACGUAAAGCUUUCGGGCGGCAAGCCCAGCAGUGUCGUGCUUGCGGACAUACAGGCUGUGAAUGCGCUAAGUGCUGAGCAGUUCUCGCAGCUCGUCGACACCACCUGCCGCACGUCUACGGUGUCCGCUGCGUCGUCGAGUGGCGACGCAAGCAGUAGGCCUGGCAGCGAGACCCUGUCCCUCCUGCUGUCCGAGGCCUCGCGACGUGGCUUAGACGCUCCUCAGCUACGCCAGAGCCUGGAGGGCCUCGGUCUGGACAGUGCACGUGCGGCCACCCUGGCUGAUCGCUGGCUGGCAUCUUAUGCUGCUGCACCGCAGGUGCGGCCCUGGCAGCUACGAGACGUGGAGUGGCGUUUCGGAGUCACAGUGGCCAGCUCGUCUCAUGAGCCGCGAGGCAGCUUUGUGCAGCUUCGUUUGGCACUAGCAAAUGGACAGGACGUACACGUUGAGAUGAACCUCGCUCAGUUCUACUCAUUGUGCCACGAGAUGGAGCAGGCCAAGCUCACUCUGGAGGCCUUGCGUUGAGAUUCAUUACCCCAAUGCUUCACGUGCUGCAAUUUACGUUCUCUAAUUGACUGUUUGAAGGAUACCAAUAAUAGUCAUUCGUCUUGUGCCCAGCUUG